UGGGUCUGGGAGGGAAAUCUCAGGUAAUUUUGGAUUGAGAGGAGUCUUUCGAUGAGCUCAGAUCGUGGCAUCGAUUGGAGAUCGGCUGGUAAUGAGCCGAAGUUGGAAUCGAUCAAGACUUCGACUUGGCUCUCCGUCACGGCUUUUGCUUCUGGAAAAGCACCUACCCAGGCUCGAGCCAGGGUCUCCCAUUCUUGGGCUUGCUGUUGAACUUCUCGGAGCUGAUUUUUAGGGCUCCGAUGGACGGUCGAGGUUCGCCGUCUAGGGUUUGCUCCGUUGAGUUCGACAUCUACUUACAACUCUACUUAAAAGCUCCUUAUCUAUGGAAGAGCAAGAUGAAAAAGAGCCGCAAUUACUCCCCAUUUCUCUCACCAUUGCUUCACCGUCCCCUACGUUAUCUCAUUCUUCAUCGCUAACAUACCGAUCGACGACGGUGAUGAGCGAUCAAUUCGUAGGGCCGUCAUCAUCACUUGACUUGCAGCUAUCAAUCAGUCUAAGGCCAGUCCAUCAACUUCCAUCAAACCGUAACGAUUUCGAUCGCGUUGAGUCAUUGAAACAACGGACGGCGGAGCAAAUCCGGCUGGCGGCCAUCAAGAAGGCUUACGCGGAGCGAGUUCGGGAGCUCACAAAGAGCGAAAUGGAGAUGGCUCGGUCCGAUUUCGCGAGAGCUAAACAUGUUUGGAAAAGGGCAAGGGAAGAUGUUGAAAAAGCUGAGAAAAUGAAGGAAAGAGCAACGUUGCAGAUAGAUUCUACGUGCAUGGAGAUCACCUGCCAAUCUUGUAGGCAAAGGUUCAAGCCUUAAUACUAUGUUACUUUUGAAUAUGUGUAUGUACGUUGAAUGUAUCCGAGUUUUUUUCAUACUCAAAUCUAUUUUUUAACUCAUUUGGAUGGUUUUUAUUAAGUUUUGGUAUUUUAAGUAAUUCAAGAUUGAAAUAAUGGCAUUUUUGAAGCAAGAUUUUAGAGGGAGUGGGAGCCAAGGCAAGCACACAUGCUUGUAAUUGCUGUCAAAACCUCGAAUCUGAU